AUGCUCUGGGUGUGGCGGCGCACAUUCUGGAAGUGUCCUGCCACUCUGGAAGCGUGCCACUUUUGGGAUUUAAGCCUCAAGCCGGAGGAGUACGAGAAGAUUGUCAUCCUCCGCAUGAACCGCGCCUUCAUGGAGUACAUGCGCCAAAACCACGCCAAGUACGCGAAGGCGAUCGGCCCGGUCUGCCGCGGCGUGGUCUGGGAGCGGCCUGAGCCAUGUCGGCUAUGGAGCGGAACUGCACGCUGCUGCUGCACGGCAAGGAGGCGACGCCGCCCAACGAGGAGGAGAUUCGCGAGCUGCUGGAGGACAAGGAUGUGGAGAAGAAGCAGGAGGCGAUGAAGACGCUCAUCACGCUGCAGCUCAACGGCGAGCCGAUGCCCAAGAUGCUGAUGGUCGUGAUCCGCUUCAUCGUGCCGAGCGACGACCACAAGCUCAAGAAGCUGCUACUCAUCUACUGGGAGGUGAUCGACAAGACCGGCCCCGAUGGCAAGCUGCUGCCAGAGAUGAUCCUCGUCUGCAACAACCUGCGCAACGACCUCUCCCACCCCAACGAGUACAUCCGCGGCUGCACGCUGCGCUUCCUCUGCAAGCUAAAGGCGCCGACCGAGGUAGAGAUCCUCGAGCCGCUGAUCCCGACCAUCAAGAACAACCUCGAGCACCGGCACGCGUUUGUGCGGCGAAACGCCGUGCUCGCCGUCUAUUCCAUUUUCAAGUCGUUCGAGCCCCUGAUCGCCGACGGCCCCGAGCUGGUGGAGGCGGUGCUGCAGCAGGAGCAGGACGCGUCGUGCAAGCGGAACGCCUUUCUGAUGCUCUUCCACUGCUGCUCCGAGCGCGCCGUCGCGUACCUCUCCGAGAACCUCGAGCAGGUUGCCGGGUGGGGAGACAUCCUGCAGCUCGUCGUGCUCGAGCUCAUCCGCAAGAUAGUGCGCGCGAACCCGUACGAAAAGUCGCGCUACAUCCGCUGCAUCCUCACGCUCUUCGCUUCCGAAUCGGCGGCGGUGGCGUAUGAGUGCGCCUCUGUGCUGGUCGCGCUCUCGUCGUCCGCCACCGCCAUCCGUGCGGCCGCACAGUCGUACACGCAGCUGCUCUCGUCGCAGUCGGACAACAACAUCAAGCUCAUCGUGCUGGAGCGGCUGCAGGACCUGAAGCGGCACCACUCGAAGGUGCUUCAGGAGAUGAUCAUGGACAUCAUCCGCGCGCUGGGCUCGGCGAACCUCGACAUCCGCAAGAAGACCCUCGAGAUCAUGCUCGACCUCAUCGUGCCGAAGAACAUUGGCGAGGUGAUGCAGGUUCUCAAGAAGGAGGUGCAAAAGACGCAGGGCGAGGAGGGCGAGAAGUCGUCCGAGUACCGCGCCAUGCUCAUCAACGCCAUCCACAGGUCUGCGAUCCGGUUCCCGGAGUCGGCGUCGAUGGUCGUGCCGGUGCUAAUGGACUUCCUCGGCGACGCCAACCAGUCGUCGGCAGUCGAGGUGAUCCUCUUUGUGCGCGAGAUCCUCGAGACCUUCCCGCACCUGCGCGAGUCGGUGAUGAAGAAGCUGCUCGAGACCUUCCCAACCAUCCACUCGUCGCGCGUCGCGCGCGUCGCCCUCUGGCUCAUCGGCGAGUUUUGCGUCGCGGGCGAAGACGUCGCCGCCGGCUUCACCACGCUCAAGGCGUCGCUCGGCGAGCCCCCCUUUGUGCCGCCCGCGGAGGACGAGGCCGCCUCCAACGGCCCCGCAGCCGCGCCGCGCCCGGAGGGGAGACCAGUGGUGCUGGCGGACGGCACCUACGCGUCGGUCGUCGCGGCGGACGAGGCGGUGGGCGGCGACGACGGCACGCAGAGGCUGCGCGGCCUGCUGCUGGGCGGCGACUUUUUCCUCGCCACGGUGGUGGCCACCACGCUGACCAAGCUCGCGCUCCGCUCGCGCGAGCACCUGCCGACGCGGGCGGCCAACAUGGUCGCCGCCGACGUGAUGCUCAUCCUGACCGGGCUGCUGCAGCUCGGCAAGGCGGGCGGGGCGGGCGCGACGAUCGACGCGGACUCGCAGGAGCGGCUGCAGACGUACCUGCACCUGCUAUCGAGCCCGGGGGAGGAGGUGCAGGCCCUCUGCUUGGUCCACUGCCGCGAGGUCUUCUCGGCGAUGCUGCGCGAGCGCGCGGGCCAGGAGGAGGCGGAGAAGCCGGCAAAGGACGUCGCGCCAGAGGUGCACCGGCAAGCCGACGACCUGAUCUCGGUGCGGCAGCUCAAGGGGGGCAAGUCCGACACCGCGGCGCUCGAGCUGGACGACGACGACGACCCCGUCUCCUCCGCCGCGGGCGCCUUCACCGGCGAGCUCGACUUCGCCGCGCGUCUCAAGCGCGUGACGCAGCUCACCGGCCUCUCCGACCCGGUCUACGCCGAGGCGUACGUGCUGGUGCACUCGUACGACAUCAUGCUGGACGUGCUCGUCAUCAACCAGACGCAGGAGCCGAUGACCAACCUCUGCCUCGAGCUCGCCACCGUGGGCGACCUCAAGCUCUGCGAGAGGCCGACCGCUUACACGCUGGCGCCGGGCGAGUCCAAGCACAUCAAGGCAAACAUCAAGGUUUCGUCCACCGAGACGGGCAUCGUGUUCGGCUCGAUCGUGUACGACGCGCACGGCUCGACGCCGCCGGGCGGCGGCGAGAACCGCAACUGCGUGGUGCUCAACGACCUCCACAUCGACAUCAUGGACUACAUCGCGCCGGCGUCGUGCUCCGACCUCGCCUUCCGCGCGAUGUGGGCCGAGUUUGAGUGGGAGAACAAGGUUGCGGUCAACACGGACAUCACCGAGGUGAAGGAGUUCCUCGAGCACGUGAUGAAGAGCACAAACAUGCGCUGCCUCACCCCGCCCGCCGCGCUCGAGGGCGAGUCGGGCUUCCUCGCCGCCAACCUCUACGCAAAGUCCAUCUUUGGCGAGGACGCGCUCGUCAACUGCUCGGUGGAGAAGCGGCUGGACGGCAAGAUCUGCGGCUACAUCCGAAUCCGGUCCAAGACGCAGGGCAUCGCGCUCUCGCUCGGCGACAAGAUUACGCUCAAGCAAAAGGGCCCGGCCUGCUAACCGCCGGCGCCCUGCGCUGUGCCUCGCCGCGGACCGAGCGUCCGAGCGGCGGCGCGAGCAACUCGUGUGCCUGCGAGCAACUCCGUCGUGUUCCACUUUCUAGAUACAUAGUAUGAUGAGGGGAAAAUCCGGUCCGACUUGCGAGACCGCCUAUCGGCGU